AUUUGGGUAUAGUGAAACUACAGGAUGAGUAUGAAUCGUCUGGCAGGGACUUGCCUGUUGCUAGUCAGUCUUUCUGCGAUUGUCCAUCAUUUAAUUAGAUAGUUUGUAUAACUCGCUUAUGUGGAAAACAUGGUGCUACUUCUAUUGACGAUCAUUUUCGUUAUCGGAGUAAGAUCGCAGAGUUACGUUGGCGAUAUAUGUAACCUAAAGAGUGGCGCACCAGGAAAAUGCUCGACUUUAGAAAAUUGUCAAUCGGUUUAUUCUCAACUAGUGGCUGGCAACCCACCGGAUACGCUAUGUGGUUUUUCCGGUUUUGAACCAAUCGUCUGUUGUCCAUCUAGUACAUCAAGGCCGUCAACAACAACAGAAGCAAUAACAACAGCGACUUCGGCAGACGAGAGCGUAGGCUCCAUAGCGAGACAAAAAUGCGCCGAAUACAGCAGCUCUGUCUAUGCCCUGGUGAUACCGCCGACGUUGAUUGACAAACGGCCAGUUAAUAUAUCAGUAUGUGCAAUCACUUCGAAAAAAUUAAUCGUCGGUGGUACCAGAGCAGAUCCUAAAGAAUUUCCACAUAUGGCGGCUGUUGGAUUUCAAAAGGGUUCCCAAGAAAUAGGGUGGUUCUGUGGUGGCACCCUAGUCUCUGAAAGAUUUGUAAUGACUGCCGCACACUGUACAUAUUCUGCAGAAUGGGGCAAGGCUGCCUGGGUCCGAGUAGGCGAUUUGAAUUUAGUCAGCUCAAACGAUAACGCCAAACCACAAAAUCGUCGCGUCAUUGAAAGAAUUAAGCAUCCGGAGUACAAAAGACCUUCUCAGUAUCACGAUAUAGCUCUUCUCAAACUUGAAAGUCCUGUUGAGUUUAAUGCUUUUGUCAGACCGGCAUGUUUGCACACUGGCAACACGCUUGAAGCUCAAACCAAAGGCGUAGCUACUGGAUGGGGUCACGUGGAAUGGCAGGGUGACGGCGGAUCAAAUGAUCUUCUAAAAGUGACUUUAUCGUUGGUUCCUCAAAGCUCUUGCAAUGAAAGCUUCAGUUCAGGAACCGUUGACAGUAAAAUCAGAUUUGGAAUUGUUGGUGACUGGCAAAUUUGUGCUGGCGAAGUUGGCAAAGAUACCUGUCAGGGUGACAGUGGCGGUCCUCUCGCCAUCUUCAAUACAGAUCAUUACUGCAUGUACGAUGUCAUUGGUGUCACUAGUUUUGGCAGAUUGUGUGGCAGCAUUGUUCCUGGUGUUUACACUAGAGUUUCCUACUAUGUUCCAUGGUUGGAAAGUAUAAUCUGGCCUCAGAGUUAAUCACUUUUAUUAUCUGAUGCAAGCAAAUGGAAAGAAGAUCAUCUUGAAACAAGAGACUUGAAAGGGACUGAACUUGAGUUAUACUAGACUCCAUAUUAUAACGUAAGAUUGAUCAAUUAUAUAAAGCUCGAAGAAGGACACGUGCACUGAAAAUAUGUAUUAAUAUUAGCGUUAAUUUGAAGUUCAUUCUGUGAGGAUUGUUUUUUAUUAUACAGAAUUCUUAUAAUACAAGUACUUGUUACAAUA